UUGUGGUGCUGCGACCAGCUCAGUGGUUUAGUGUGCUGACAAUUGCAUAUAGUGGAUAUUCUGCUGAAGAGACGGCAGUAUAUACCUGUCAAAGAAUAUCAUAAAGUAAAACGUGCCUGGAUCUAACAAGUGGUUGAUAGAGAGAAAGCAUGAUAGCCUGACUAAGGCGGAGAAGGAAAACGCGUCCCGCUGCUGGCUGGUCGCCUCCCCACCUCUUCCACUCCAGCUUCAAGCUUAUAUCCUCCCCUCCCCGCCGUCUCGUCAUUCCACCAGACUCUCCCAUCGACCACUCUAUUAAACCAAAGGGAGACCACAAGCCCAGCUGAUAUCAAGCGCGAGAGCACAAGCUCUACUCGCGUCUCGACCUAACCCAAACCCUUCCAUAAUCUCACACCCCACCAUCAUAAUGUCCACCUACGAAGUCGAACACAGCACCCCGGACCUCUCCACCCCCUCCCAAUCCAGCCAACGCCGCCGCCGCCCCGACCUAUCCACCUUCUUCGCCAAGCUCUCCGAAAUCAGCUCCGACGAAGCCCGCUCGCGCCCCCAUGCCGUGCCCGUCCCCGGCGACAUAAGCGCCGCCUUCUACUCCCUCGCCGACGCGCUCAACGUCAUGCGCAGGGAGGGCGAAGGCGGGGGAAUCCCGACUGGUAACGGCGUGCCUGACCUCGGGGCUGCGUUUCACAGCGGCGGUGCCGCCGCUAGUGUUCAUGGGGAUGAUCUGCUGGCGCAGAUGAUUCAGACGCUGCUUAGUGAGGCGGAGACGCCGCCGAAGGAGAUUGAGGGGGUGAGUGAGGAGUUUUGUGAUGUCCUCGAUCGUGUCCCCAAAACCAGCCUCAAACCCUCCCAAUCGUGUCCCAUCUGCAAUAACCCCUUCCUGGAAGAUCAGUACCCUCUCGUCGUGCGACUGCCCUGCCACCCCACCCACCUGUUCGAUCUAGAGUGCGUGCGGCCGUGGCUCCGCCUCCGCGGAACGUGUCCGCUUGACCGCAGGGACUUUGCAAAGGAGGAGAGAGAGAAGGCCGAAGCGCGGAAGAAGAAGCCUGUUGAGGAUGACGAGGAAGAGUGGGAUGGAAUGUACGGUUGAAGUAUGAUGAUACCGGGUCGAUUGAUUCUUAUCUUUCACGCUACUUGCUAUACUGGACUGUUUUGAUGAGCGUUGCGGGGACUGAAAAACACGAGCGCCUUUACAGGAUGUGGUUGGUUGGUUGGUUUACAGUGAUGACUGGAUGAUGAUGAUAUCUUUUUUUUAUUCUUCUUUAUUCAUUCCGACAUAUCCUCUCGUGAAAGUUUUGUUCUGUUUUACACAAUAUGACGCCUCUGUCCGUCUAUC